GUCGUUUCGUGCUUCUUCUUAGACGGACGAAUUAGUUGAAGACAGGUCUCCUCUUCGUUCGGACAUUGAAAAAGUUGCGUACUUUGAUUAUUUGAGGUUCCGGGUUCUUCGCACAAUCAGUUUCACUAGAUUUGGGUGCUGUUUUAUAUUUUUUAUCUGCUAGAUUGAUUUUAAGACAGUGAACGAGGUAAAGAAUGGGGGCACAUACAUCUUUCUGGUUUGAUAAAUGGAAUCAGAUUGGUCGGCUUUUCGAGCAUACCGGAACACAGGGGAUAGACAAGCAAUUGCGUAACCGUUUCACAACAAUGCGUAACAUUUCAAUAUUUUUUUUAAAAAGAUUUGAGUUUAAAAAUGUAAAGGAAAUCGAAGUUUUUUGUUUAUGCCCAUUUGUGUCUAGAUUUAAAUUGUGGAAUUGUUCGCGUUUAAUUACGUCAUAUGUGAUUUCUGAUGGGUGUUUUUGGAUUCUGGCUUAACAACUAUUUACUAUUGCGUGUGAGAAACACUCCACUUCAUCUUCUUGAAAGGUUUUAGAUUUGUAUCGUUUUACUGUUGAUGUUGAAUUUUUUAGCCUCUGCAUCGACAUAGUCGUUACUCAUCAGUGCUCUCUUCUCAACCUCACUGAUGAUUAAUGUAUGUUCUCUUAUCUACUUUCAAUCCGAUUGCUAAAUCAGAGUAUAAGGUCUAUGAUUAUGUUGGUGGAGACUGCUGCUUACACUCAAACACAAGAGAGCGUUAACAAACUCUCCGAGAAGUGCAAAGAUUUCAAAGUAGCAAAAGCUGAGAGUCUCAAUAUCAUCAAUCUCAGGCCAUCAUCUACUGUAGAAUUGAUGCCGGUUUGUGGUUUCUCUCCGCUGUUCUAUCUUCUAGUAAUUAAUCUGCUUCACUUGUGGUGCUAUGAUGCUUUCUCCUUUGACUUUACUUCUUCCAUGACAACAUUGAAUACUCUUGCUUUGUCAGAUGUGAUGAAUAUAUGGUUGACCAAUAAGAUUGAUGAGGCCAAAGACUUGUCGUGUAGCAACUUCAUCCUAGAAGUGGACUUUGAUGAGGAGAAUAAAGUGCCAGUGUGUUGUGAUGAAUUUAAGACCAGAGCCUACAUUGUUGGGAAGGAUAUGUAUAAACAAGUUUAUAAAGAUACUACAAAGGGAUCUUUUCUCAACUGGCCACUUCCAAGUUUGGUUCACAUUCAGAGAGAUACAAAAGAAAAGGAGGUUAGUUGA